AAAAUAAUGGCUAAUACGGAGAAAUACUCGUUGGUUAAUACGAAGUAUAAAAGUAUAAAAGCGACUAAACAGUAGACUCGUACCCUCUCUCUCCCUUCAAGACCUCCCUACUGGAAUUAUUAUAUGCUGAAUUGCUGAUGAUCCAAAGCUCAAAGCCACAAAUCAAGCACAAUUCUCGUAGUUCUCUUCCCCCACGCAAGUAUAGUAAAGGGACAUUAGCAGGGGCUGCCUCAACAAACUGAAAACAUCAUUUCCCAAGAAUUAUAAAUGGAUCCAAAAACUACUCUUGAGGAUGGAGAAAGUAGAGAUGGCGUUGAAUUGGCGAGAUCUGUUUCUGACAAGCAUUUUGAUCUUUUGAGGCCAUCAUCUCGGUACUAUUCAUUGUUUAAAGGGCAAGGAGCAAAAGGGGAUGACCGUAACAAGGGAAAGUACAGUCCGUUAAGAAGUGUAGAAGAUGGUCAAGCAAGUUUAUAUGAUAGACCUCUUCCUUGCUUUGGUUGUGGGAUUGGAUGGUUUUCAUUUCUUUCUGGAAUUGUAUGCCCAUUUAUGUGGUACUACGCUGCAAUACUCUAUCUUGGUAAUUACUACCGGAGGGAUCCCAGAGAACGUGCAGGACUGGCUGCAUCUGCAAUUGCGGCAAUGGCAUGUUCUGUAGUGCUGUUGAUUGUUGUUGUGAUUCUGCUACUGUAACUUUAUCCCUACUAGAGCUGUACUGUCAUGGGGUUGAAGAACACUCUUUACAAGUAUGAUCCUCCAGUUUGGUGAAUUGUGUGCCUGAAUGAUCUAUACAGAGAGAGACAUAGAGAGUGAGAGAGAGACAUCAUCCAAUUGUAUGUAUAUGCGUGCUUAUAGUAGUUGUAUAUGUUUGUUUAUACAACGCACUCAUGAAUGAUGUAGAUUCCUUCACUGCUUCAAUAAAAAUAGAGGCAUCCCUUUUAGUCAGGGGUGAUGAAGAAUUCAUUUAUCCAAAAUUCAAUUGCUC